AUGGUAACCAAAACUCCCAUCACUGGUAAAAAACAACUAACUGAAAGAAUUGCUAAAAAAACGAAAACCCCGCAAAACCAAGUAGUUAGAAUUAUUGAUGAACUACUCGAAGAAACCAAAAAAGCCUUAAUUAAAGGUGAAGAAGUCCGUUUAUUAGGUUAUUUUUCUUUUAAAACAACUAUGACUACUCCCCGCCUGGCUAUGAAUUUACAAACCGGUAAAAAAAUGAAAGUUCCGGCGAAAAGAGUUCCCAAGUCCACCAUUAACCAAAAAAAAGAACUAUUAGAUAGAAAUAGAAAUAAUUAUCUCAUCUUAGAGUUAGAUAAUGGGGAAAAAGGCCAAGAAAUUAAUUUUACCGUGGAAGAAGGAAAAAAUGGAGCUAAUGUAUUAGUGGAUUAUGAGAUUGAGGAAAUAGAUAGUAAAGUAUUUAUCUCUGAAUUAUUUCAGAACUUAAAGUUGACUUGUCAAGAAGCGGAAUUAGAGGAAUUGCUUGAAAGGGAUCAUUUUCAUGUAGUUAACAAUUCUUACGUUAAAGGGAAAAUUGAAAACUUGUUAACUAAGCUAAAAGAAGGAGUGAUUAAACUAGGAAAGUUAGGAGACUUACACAAAAAGAAAAGGAUAAUGAGAAGUGCUUUAAACGGCAAGACUUAUGUUUACUAUCAAAAAUAUCUUCUUAAACAACAAGACGCUGGAACAGGAAUAAUAGGUGCUGGCUUUAGUUACAAUCAAGAUUUAGGAACAGAAGCAGUUACCUUUGGUCUGGCGGGCGGAGCUUUGGCAUAUGCUAGUGAUUAUGGAAUAAAAAAACUGGAAGAAAAAACCAAAAAUUUGGCAGAAAAAUUGAGUAGUAGAGAAGAUGAAUUUCAGCAAAAAUCUCAAGAAUUAAAGGACAAUUACAACAAAUUAAUCAAAAUUUGA